AUGCCGUCGAUUGCGAUGUCAAUCAUGCAAGGACCGCUUUGUGGUGCCCUCGCUACCAUGUUACUGUAUGGAGUCAUCUGCAUGCAGACCUUUCAUUACUGGCAAGUAUACGAGCAUGACAAGAAGAUUCUGAAGUUUUUGACCGCUCAUACAGCAUUAACAAUAUACGCCGUCGAGUUCUAUCUCAUCAUGCAUUUCGGAGAUACGACAAGCUUAGAAUAUGCAGUAUGGUGCGUUUCAUAUAUUAUCGGUUUCAUCAUCGCUUACGCUGCGAAUCUUUUCUUUUAUCCUAAAUGGAAGAUCUUCAGAGAACACGUCUAUCCAACUAUGGUGGCUGGAUGGGUGCUCUCAGCAGUGGUCGAUAGUGCGAUUGCGUUUACGCUAUGUAUUUACCUUCGAAAACGUCGCACUGGGAUGAAAAGAACUGACAAUGUUCUCAACUGCCUCCUAUUGUAUAGCAUCAAUACUGGUGCUAUCACGUCGUUUUGUGCAGUUCUGGUGGUCAUCAUGUUUCUCGGUCUGCCAAACAAUCUUGCGUUCAUUGGGUUUGUCCAAGUCCAGAGCAAACGGGUUGCAAGUUCCCAGAUGCCUCGCUUUUCAACGUUCAAACCAUCACAGCAAGUGUCGUCGUAUCUGGUUUGUGCCUCUCAACCUUUUCCUUUCUUCCACCGAUUGAAGUCCGGAAGAAUAUUGUGA